AUGGGCUUUACCUGACAAAAUGUCUGAACUACGGGAACAUUACGACAAAAGGUUGUUUGGGUUUAUUCGUGGGUGUUGUGGUGUCUGUUUUUGCCCAUAAAACAUUAAAAAUAAGCAGAUUUACAGGAAACUUUACCAUGCCACAACAAACCAAAAAGGCACGUGGCUGUCAAAAAGCUAUCAAUGAAAAAAAACCCAUAGAAGAUGGGGGUAAAAAGUGCGAUGACUCUGCUUCCACUUCCAGUGCUGCAUGUGAUGAUGAGGAUGGAGUACGGCGAUCCUCCAGGAAACGCACCAAAAGUAAAUGGUUAGAGGGGAUGCAGACAUCAUUUGGAACCCCCAAGGCAAAGAUACAGAAGCUGGGUGGAAGCGAUGAUAAAAUGCAAAAGAUCGUUUCCAAAUCGACCCCAAAUGCUGCCACCCAGAAAACAUCUCCCAAAGCUGAAGUUAUUACUUCGAAGUUAACAGCUGUUUUGAGAACUGGUAAUAAGGAAAUGGAGAGAACGCUGAGCAAGAGGACUGACUCAAUUCCUGCUAGUAUUAGUAUUCCUGCCCGUAAAAUGUCAGUUGAUGAGUCUGGGCAGCAGAGCUAUUUAAGUGAAAGGGGUAGUUCUGCAGCUGGUGAGGCUGAGAAGAACUUUGAAAAAAUGUCAGAAACGGUAUGCUGUGUUGAAGAAAUUACUGGUGAUGUCAUUGAGAAAAACAAUGACCUCAAGACUGUCCAUUCACAAAUGCAAAAUCGUAUUCCCUCAGUUGUGACUGCCGGUAGUGGUACUGAUGUUAAAUCACUAGAGGAUGCUACCAGUGCUGCUGUAACAUUAGCCGCCAUGCAAGUGGAGACUGUUUUACAAACAUGUGACACACCAGCACAUCUGUUACCUGAUGAGUGCGAAGAUGGGGAGCAGAAAGAUUGUUGUGUUGAAAUAAUCAGUGUUGCACCGAUGACAUCGACAGGAGUGGUCACUGAGGGGAUCCGUCCUGUUAUAUCUGAGAGUUCUGUGGAACCUGGUACUUCCAUUUACACAGAGCUGACCACAGCCUCACAAACUGUCAUCAACUCUAUUCUAGCAAAUGAAAAUACAGGUAUACGCCAUGGUGAAGGUUCUCAGUAUGGUGCAAACUCUGGUCUGACGAUUCUGACUGCUGCAGCAACUGCUGAUAUUCCACCCCAUCUGAUGGGAACUGCUAGGACCAUUUCUGGCCAAGAGACUCUAGUCAUUCCCUCUUCUCAGAUAACGAUACAACGAAGUGAUGAAACUGUGCCAGGUUUUGCUGUUUUGGAGAGUGUCAAACUUUCAGACUCUUUGCCAAAUGCUGUCCAGACAAUUCCUGAACAGACUCUGAGUGGCCCUUCAAAUCAGAUGCCAACUGUCCAGUGGCAGUCAUUAGUGAUGGAUACAGACAUAAACUCCCAGCCACAACAAGCGGGGGAACAGGAUACACGGUCAGAGGAGAUGUUAAUUGCUGAGGUUGAACAACAAAAUCUGGGCGGCUCGGAGAAACUGGAGAAGGACAUCUUUGUUGAGACGGUCAACAUUGAUGAGCUACCUGAUGAGGUGGCUUCAAUUAUCAAGAAUUAUUCUGCACCAAACAUAAGUAGGCCUGAAGGUGUUCCGGAUUCUCUUGGCAGGCAAUUCAAAGUUUUUAAAAUAAAUAAAACAGAAGGCCAACAAAUCGUGAAGAAUUUGCAGCAAAAGACUGGUGCCUCUUCCACGACUUUGGUGUAUGAUAAAGAUGGCAAUUGCAUUAAGCUGCCACAAAGGUUCUUACAAAAUGUACAGUCAUCCGAAGAAGCUCUACUAAAGUGUUCCAACUGCGAGUACAUCACAGAUAAACGGGCCAACUGGUACAAGCACAAGAAGAAACAUGAAAGUUUCCGUCCACAUCGCUGCAAUUUGUGCGAUUACAGGGCAACAACGAGUAGUAACCUAAAGCGCCACCAUGAUACCCAUUCUGGAUUGAGGAUGUUUGCUUGCAAGGUUGAAGGAUGCACUGCUAAGUUCAAGCAGAAGAUACAUCUGGACCGACAUAUUAGAUAUAAACAUAUGGUGAAGCAAGUCUGCUGUGGGUUGUGUGACUACACCUGUGCCUUAGAAAACCCCGACCUCAGGAUUCACAUGUUGCGCAAGCAUUCGGAAAAACCACAAGGAGAAGAAAAACCAGUAAUAACUUUAAAAUGUGGGUCAUGUAGCUUUGAGACCACUUCAAGAAAGGACUUACAGCAACAUUUGAAAUUUCACAGAAAAGGCCCCGAACUGAAACUUUUCUGUGAGCAUUGUAGUUUUGUCACAGACUGUCAGAGUCGUCUUAAUCGCCAUCUCCUUAUUCACACUAAGCAAAAGCCAUUCAAAUGUGGCGUUUGUGAGUAUCGAGCCUCGCAGAAGGAGCACGUGAUUCGCCACAUGAGGAUGAGGCAUAAAUUGGACAUCCACAAAGCAAAACAAGUAGUGAUAAAACCUCUGAAUGAGGAGAAUUGGAGUGGCCAAGAUUCUUUGGGAGAUGAGACAUUGAGCAGCCAGGGAGCGGUUGUCAGGGAUGUGGCAACAGGACAUGAAAGUCUCCUUCAAGAUGGAGAGGAGAUGACAGAAGUCUUGGCAGAUGAGGUGACAAGGACUGAGGAGAUGGAAUCUAAAUCAGAACAAAAAAGUGUAAUUCUUACAUCUGACGAGGUCGGUAAAUGUAGUUACCAAGUGAGCUCUGACGAGUUACUUAUCAUGGCUGAUAAGAUUGAAACUGUUGAAAUGGUUGAGGAAACGGGUCAGGUCGUUGAUGGAAGUAAGGAAAUGUGUGUCACUGGUGACAAUGUAAAUAAGGGUGAGGAGUGUCUGACAAUCGGGGCAAUCGAACCAGAUGCGGUUUCAGUAUGCAACGUAGAGUACCCUAAAGAUCAAGUUGUGGUUGGGACAUCUGAACCUGAGGUUGUGUCUAGUUCUCCUGUCGUUACUGUAGGAUCUAAUUCAGAUGAGAACAUUGAACUUUUUAUCAGUCCGGGUGUUGUGGAGGCUGCUCAGAACUCUGAUUCAGAACCUAAAACCAAACCGCGUACUGUCUAUAAGAAAAAGAAGUACGCCAAGUCUGAUUUUAGUACCGUACCAAAGAUAUUUAAUUGUGAGUACUGUACAAUGAGAUUUGCGAAGCUGUUGAAUUUGUACAAGCACGUUCAUGGUCAACAUGCUACAAUCCAUCCAAUGGCGCCUGAGGGGAUGUUUGGGUGUGUUGUUUGUGAUUUUAAAACGCCUCAAAAGAAGGCGCUUCUGAUUCAUAUGCGGCGUCAUAAUCCAGAAAGUGACCCAGAGGAGACCCCAAACAUGAUAUUUUCAUGUGUACUCUGUCAGUACUGCACGCCGAAAAGACGUAAUUUGUACUGGCAUCUGAAAAAGAAGCACAAAAUCAGCCUCCUCGUCAAUAAAGAUGGAACUGCAAAGUGUGUUGUAGAUGAGAAUGGGCCGGUUUCUGUCGUUUCUGCGCCAACGGAAGAUGGCGCUGUUGAUAUGAAUGGUCAGCAGGUGGCUUUGGCAGUGGAAGAACCGCGGGGUUCAGCUACGGCUAAGGUAAUCAAUGUGAGUGAUUUAGCGCAUUCAUUAAUACAACCCAAGGUGACGCCAACAGGUGGUGUGGUACAGGAAAUGAACAUACAGACUGUUGAAGUCGUCAUGAGUGAUAUUAAGAUUGAAGUGUCUGCCGAGGACGAUGAUGCUGCGGUUGCUAUCGAAGGUUUACAAGCUUUAGCUGAACAGACAAUCUCAACGCACUCGGAAGUCGCUGUCCGUGAGUCCGGUUCAACCCAAACGCAUUCAGAUAUUCUAGUGGAGGGAGCCGUUGAUGUAGCUCACCAGAAUAUUGAGCUCUCCUCAGAACAGGUGAUGGAGUUGUCUACAGGUGACUACAUUGAGAUUGAUGGCGAAAUGUAUAAGGUUGAGUUUACCCCAGAAGAAGGCGCAGGCGCGGAAGCUAUUGCCAUCAAAACCGAGUAACAAUCGCUAUGAAGUUCUCCUACCAUCACCAAGGAGUAAUACUUUGUAAUUACUGCUAAAAUAACUUUUGGUAUCUGUGAUUAGAUCUCGUUGUAAUAUUGAGGUCAUUAUGGUAUUCAAUUAAAAGAAAGGAGUCUUAACAAUGA